UUGCCGACGACCACUGACAUCCGGUUAACCGUGACUGAACGCCGCCGUGAGGGAUGCUCCGACGCCACCGUGAGGGGCUCUGUAUCCGGUCAAUCGCGACCACUGCCAGCCGCCAAUUGUAGAGGGCGUCGCAUCAAUUUCAGUCGCGGUCGCCGUCGAGAUCUGUCCUCCGGUCAUCCGCGACAGUGGAGGCGUCGAUUCCCUGUGAUUGGAUGGUUGCGGCGGCGACCGGCGUGCGACAGAGCUUUGCGGUGUAGGAACGUCGGAGACGGCGUGUUAAACGGCGGCGAAUCAGAGCUCAACACUUCCGGUAGCGAUGCGGCACCUGGCGGACUUUCAGCGGCUGACGUCGGUCAGGCGCGUGCCAGCGGGAGUCGGAGUGGCGGCAAAGACAUUAAGUCAGGCUGA